AUGAAAAUAGAAUAUGACGGUAAUACACAUAAAUUCCCAAGAGAAGAGAAUGAUGAAAAGAAAGAAUUUGACUCAACAUGUGAUCAAGAAAAUAUGUUUAUGUUGAUACUAAAAUUCGAACAAGAGUUCAAUCUUUUUACUUUAAAACUUAAUUACAUGUUUGGCAAAUUUAUGAAUAACUCGAAAUUUAUAACACCAGUAAAAAACAUAUUACUAGGUUAUAAUAAAUAUACCAUAAAAGAUAUAUUUUGGGAAUAUGGAGAUUAUCAAUAUUAUUUUCAGUAUAAUAAUAAAAAAUAUAGAUCAGUUUUAAAAAGAAAAAAUAUUUAUAAUAAUGAUGAACAAGAUUUUAUUAAUUUAGAUAAUUACGAUAACAUGAAUAUGUCUUCAAUUUUAAGUUUUGCAUUUAGUCAUACAAAAAAAAUUAUUGGAUAUGAAAUACUAAAAUUUCCUGAUAUACUAAAAUUAAAAUUUAAAUAUGUAAAUGGAACAGAAUUAAAUGAUGAAUUGAUAGUUAAUUCAAUUACAGAGUAUGCUUUUGUUUUAAAUGAUACAGGUUUUAUUUAUUCUAAAUAUCCUUUUUAUACAUUUUUAAAUAGAACAAUGCAUACAGAGAGAAGAAAUCAUUCAUUAUACUUUCAUAGAUUUGGAACGAAACAAGAGAAUGAUAUACGAAUAGUUCCAACUGGAUUAGAUGAAAAUACAGUCUUAAGAGCAAAAGUAUCAAAUAAUGGAAAUUAUUUAUUAGUAAAAUCUCAUAAUACUCUAAACGAUACAACUGCUCUAUUUUUUUAUAAUCUUCAAAGAGUAACUAAUUUUUCUACUAUAAUAAUUCUUAGUAAAUUAAUCGGUAAUUACGAUGCAUAUUAUGAUUUUUAUGAUUCAUUUGAAUCUAAUGUAAUUCUUUUUACAAAUAAUAAAUCUUACAAUGGUAGAAUUUUGAUUGCACAACUUCCAAAAUUUUUUGAAUCUAUACAAACUCCUCAAGUAUUUAUAAAAGAAGAAAAAGAUUUAUACAUUAAAAACAUUAUUCCUGUUGGAAAAGAGUAUUUGGUGUUGAUUUGUUACAAAAAUGCACUUUUCUUUUUGCAGAUUUAUAAUAAAUAUACUAAAAUACUUCUAAAAGAAAUUGAUCUUGGUGCAGGAGUUAUUGAAAAUGGACAAGGAGAUACAAGUAGUUAUAACUUUUACUUUUUAUUUAAUAAUAUAUAUAUACCAAAAGCUAUAUAUAAAAUUAAUUUAAAAGGAUACCAAAAAGGCGAUAUAACAGUAAAAAUUAUGUUCCAAUCUAAAUUUAGUACUUUAAAUACUAAAAAUUUUAUUAUAAAAAGAGAAUAUUAUAAUGGUAAAAAUGGUAAAAAAAUACCUAUGAUAUUAUUUCAUAAUAAAGAUUUAAAAAAAAAUCAAAAAAAUCCUGUAAUUGUAGAAGCUUAUGGUGAUUUUACUGCUGCAUGGCAUCCUCAAAAUUCAUUGGCUAAAAUGUUUUUCGUUAAAGAAUUUGGUGGAAUUUGGUGUAUUCCUGGUAUAAGAGGUAUAGAAGGUUUAGGUGAAAAGUGGACAUCAGACGGAAGAAAACUUAAAAGAAAAAACAGUUUUGAAGACUUUAUUUAUGGUAUAUACCAUUUAAUCAAACAAAAGUAUACUACAUCAAAUAAAAUUGCUAUUUAUGGUGAAGGUGAAGGCGGUCUUUUGACAACUGUCGUUUCACAACGAGAACCAAAGCUUAUUGGUGCUGUUGUAGCAAAAUCACCAUUAUUAGAUACAAUACGAUAUGAUAAAUUAACUGAAGUUAAAGAUUUUCUCAUAAAUUUGUAUGGUGAAUUAAAUAAUAAAGAAGAUUUUUUAAAUUUAUAUUCGUUUUCACCAUAUCAUCAAUUAAAAGAUAAAAAUUAUUGUGUUAAUAAAUUGCCAAGUACUUUAAUUAUUCAUCCUCUUUUUGAUAGCGUUUAUGGUGUUCAACAUACAAUAAAAUAUUUAGCUAAAUUGUAUGAAUUUUUUAAGAAAAAUAAAAAAUCAUGUCAAACUAAUCUAGUUCUUGCUUCUUUAAUGAAACAUGGUGGUUCUUUUGAUAAAAAUAAAAAUGGUUAUCAUCAAAUGGAAGAAUUAUACAGAAUGCUUCUUUUCCUUCAACAAGUAUUAGAUUUAAAAUUUGAAAAAUAA